AUGUCAGCAGGUUUAUUACUAAUUCUGACUUCUGUGCCUACUUGUAUCCCAUGGCAUAUAACGGCAUCUCAGAAAUGUCUAGAAGAUACAAGGGAAUUUAUUAAAGAUCUAAAUUCAGAAGCACCCAGAAGUUAUGCAGUCCUGAUGUAUGAUGCGUCUGGAAAACUAGGAAGUAAUAUUAUAAGUGGAAAUACAGACAGACUAGGAUCUUUCCGAGAGUGUCACUCUGCUAAAGCAAUUUCAGGCAACUUUAAAGGACAGUACUGCAAACUCAACAUGCAACAGCUUCGGAGACUGAGGGCAUUAAUGGUAGUUCAGUUUCUCCUACCACUGAUCAUUCCUUUCAGGUCAAUAAAUCUUGUCGGGGAAGAAACAGCAGAAAGGGAAGAAAUCAUUUUAAAUAACAAAGAGGUGUGUGAGUAUAAUGUACGGAGAUUACAAAUUGUGAAUUUGUCCAGUCUCAGCCUUACUAAUGAUAUGAAGGCUGUUUUGUCAAAAGGUAGUAAAUUUAUUCCUACAUGUUAUCCCUCUUUUGCUGAUUUAUAUCUAGAGUUAAAGGCAUUUAGUAGAAAAUUGUUUUUAAAAGUUCACUUUCAUAGAAAUGCUGUUAAUUUUUCUGAAAUUCCUACUGUAAAUAACUCUAAUUUUGGUGACGAUUUUGAUGAUGACUUAUUAAAUAUGUCCUUAUAUGACUAUGAUGAUGCUGGAAUCUUUGAUGUGGAAGGGGUGGUGGAUAGUUUAAGCUGUUAUCAGACUGGAUGUGGAAAAUUACUGCUACCACAUUUAACAACUGAUAAACAAUUUACGCCUGUUAUUAAUGUGCCUGCCAUUUCUUUGUUCAUUAGGAUUUUGUUUAAAGAAAUUUCUAUGACACUUGUUAAGAUUUUGGGGAAAAUGAAAUGUUAUAAUUUGAGCAAAAAUGAAUGGCUUGCUUUACAGAGUCUUAGAAAACAGAAGACUAACUUUAUAUUCAAAUGUGCUGACAAAGGUGGCAAAUGGGUUAUAUUUUACAAAGAAAAAUACUGUGAGAUGGUAGAUGAAUUAUUGAAAAAUGUGGAUGAAUAUAAAAGUUUAUCAAGGGACCCUGUAAUGGAAUAUAAUGAUGAACUCUUGGCUUUAUUAGAAAGAGGGGAAUGUCUUGGUUUCUUUGAUCACAAGGAUGUGUGUUUUAUAGCUGCAAUAGAUCAUGUCCUGAAAUGCUUUUCCUUGCAAGUGAAUAUUUCUUCUGUGCUAACAACAUGGACUUCUGGCAAGACCUGCUCUGUACUCAAUGGAAUUCGAGUCCUAAGCCUUUUCUGGGUAAUCUCUGGACACACCAGUCAAAUGACUGCGUGGCUUAAUUUAGAUAAUGCUGCAGAAUGGAAAGAAACUGUACUUAAAAAUCCACUCUAUGUAUAUUCUCGCAGUGGACCUUUCUAUUUAGCUGUGGACACCUUUAUUUUAAUCAGUGGAACACUGAGUGCAAAAUCACUUCUAAAUGUGCUUCAAACAGCAGACAGAAAACUCACAUUAAAAGUCAUUCUGAAAUAUUACCUCAACAGAUUAGCAAGACUUCAACCACUUCAUCUAUACUCUAUAUGUGUGCUUGUAGCACUGUAUUCCAUAAUUCCCUGGGGACCAAUGUGGGAGAUUCCCAAGUUUCAUCUGGAUAACUGCAGAAGAGUAUGGUGGACCAAUGUUUUACUCCUGAACAACUUCAUUUCUGUUUUAGAAUCAUGCAACGGAUGGACUUGGUAUAUUGCUAAUGAUUUCCAGCUUUAUCUCACAACACCUUUUAUUCUUCUUUUGUUGAAAAGAAAUAUGUUUGGCAUCAGCAUCAUCCUGGGAUUCAUUUUUCUGACUUCUGCUGUAAUAGUUGCUUUGCUCUCCUGGUAUUUCAGGCUGCCCAUAGCUUUCCCAUCAGAUAUGAGGACCACAUCAACAGUGAUGUAUUUUUUGGAGUACUACACAAAACCUUACUGCCGAUAUGGCCCAUUCCUAGUGGGUAUUCUACUGGGUACAUCCAUGUACAAUAAAGAAACGAGCAUUGUAAAAAGCAAGAUAUGGGCUUGUGCUGGCUGGUCUUGCUGCUUUGUGAUUAUGGCUGUCAUAAUAACAUUGGCCUACUGCUUGAACGACUCCCCUGAAUCCUAUUCUGUCACAGCUGCUGUUUACCAGGCAUUGCAUAGGUCCCUGUGGGCAGGAGCAGUGGCUUGGAUUAUUGUAGCCUGCGAAGAAGGAUAUGGAGGCUUUAUUAAACAGCUCCUUUCAUGGAGUAUAUGGAAUCCACUUGCAAGCAUCAGUUAUGCCUGUUAUUUAGUGCAUCCAAUUAUUAUAAUUAUUUAUAAUGGACUUCAGGAAACCCUUAUGCAUUACACAGACUUAAAUAUGGUUGAGUUUAUUGUGCCAACCACUCUUUAUGCUUCUGUCACCAAUGAUUUUGUCAAUAAUAGUAAAAUGAAAUUUAGCAGCGAUGCAUGA